ACAGGCUAUUUUUUUUUUUUACAGAUAUACUUGAAAACGUUUAUCCUGCCGAAGAAAGAAUAGCUCGCAGACUAUGGAUAGCUGCAUAUUCAGUCACUGAUUGCACUUAUUAAUGCUAGGUCCGUUUGAACAGCUUCAUUAUUAUUAAUUGAAUCCGCUUUCCGAGGGGCUGUCACUCUGUACCGUCACUCUGUACCGUCGGCUCUGACUUCACCAUCCCUUUAAGGAGAUUUUUCAACAGUGCGAGUUGAGACUCGAGCCGUUGGAAGUUUUUGUUUUGGUUCCUGUGUUUGUUAGGGGUUUUUGUUAGUUAUUCCCAUUUGUUAUUACUCUCGUUAUUCUACUAUACUACCUACACGGAAACUCGCAUUAUGGCUGAGAUAUCGAAAGGGGUUAAUCCGGGGAAAUUGGCUAGUAAUGUUCAGAAAAGGAUAAGCCGGGUUCAGGAGAAGAUGAUGCAGAAGCUGGGAAAGGCUGAUGAAACAAAAGACAUAGCAUUUGAGGAGGGUGUGGUUAACUUCAACAAGCAAAUGGCAGAGGGCAUAAAAUUGCAGAGAGACCUGAGAGCAUAUCUAGAGGCAGUCAAAACAAUGCAUGAGUCCUCAAAGCAACUACAAAGCUGCCUAGAAGACAUCUAUGAGCCAGACUGGGUUGGGAAGGAGGAAAUGGACGUCAUCACUGAGGAGACAGAUGUUCUGUGGGGAGAUUUCCAUCAGAAGCUUGUGGACAGUGCACUCAUCUCAAUGGAUGCCUACAUGGCUAAGUUUCCUGAAAUUAAGGCACGCAUUGCUAAACGUGACAGGAAGCUGGUGGAUUUUGAUAGUGCCCGACAUCAUUUUGCUUCUAUACAGAAAAGUAAGAAGAAGGAUGAAGCCAAACUUGCCAAGGCAGAGGAAGAGUUGGGAAAAGCCCAAAAGGUUUUUGAAGAAAUCAGUUGUGACCUUCAAGAGGAGCUCCCGUCUUUGUGGAACAGUCGUGUGGGUAUCUAUGUGACCACCUUUCAGAGUUUAGCUGGGAUGGGGGAGAAGUUCCACAAAGAGAUGUGCAAACUGAACCACAAUCUGUGUGACAUUAUCACCAAACUUGUGGAAGAACGACAGACUAUAAAUGCUACUGUGAAAGCUACUGAGAAGAGUGAGGUAGCAGCCAACCACAAUGUCACAGCAGAGUCUGAGUCUGACGAAAAUAAACCAGCAUCUAAGACACAUGUUGACACAUCAGUGACGAAUGGCACAUCUAAUAUUGAGCUUCCCUCAGGGGUUCUAUACAAGGUGAAAGCAAUACAUGACUAUGCAGCCACAGACAAUGACGAGUUGGAUCUCAAAGCUGGGGACAUUGUGCUUGUUCUGCCCUUUGUUAGUCCUGAUGAGCAGGAUGAAGGAUGGAUGCUAGGAGUGAAAGAGUCAUACUGGCUUCAAAAUAAGGACCUUACUGCUAAAGGUGUUUUCCCUGAAAAUUUCACCCAGAGGUUGUAAACAGGAUGUCUAUAUUUAAGCCUUUUUUUGUUUUAACCAGUAUAUUUUUUCAUUUGCUUACUUUGUGUUUUAUUCCUUCUGGUUUGUAUAAAUUAAUUCAGCUCUUAUGUCCUGCUUUGUAAUAUAUCAUGGCUAGGGGUAGAGUGCAUCCCAUUUUGCAGUAAUCUCUGCAUGCAGCAUUAAUACAACCCACAUGUAAAAAGAUAAAAUCCUUUGUAUGUAAUUGGCUAUAUCGUUAACAUAAAUACAUCCAGAAAGCAGUGAAGAAAUAUGAGUUAUUAGUGAAAUUAAUACUUGGAAUUUGUUACUGGUUGACUGGAUUUUUUUCAUAACUUCUCCUCUUACCUUACUUAUAUUUAAGGGUUCUUUUUCACUCCUUGGAACCACCUGGAGGUUCCACAUGGACAUUUCUCUUGUGCACAUAUACACACUUGCUGGAACUGAACCACAAAGUCACGUGGUGGCUGUAUAAAAUGCCACUGUCAGUGGCUGUAUGUCAAUUUUAUUCUUGUUUUAAACAGAGGCCAGAUCUUUUUGUGUUUUGGAGGUAGCUACAUGACAGCUUGUGACUGUCAGCAUAAGUCACUUUUUGUGGUUAAUCGUAGAGUUUGAUGUUUUACACUAUAUACACAGCUUCUGAUUGGAGUGAUUACAAGCUAUCAUGCAGAAUUCAGGCAUGUGCAGCCAAAAUUUAAGCCCUCUGGUGCCAUUGGAUGAACACCAGCUAUGUGUCUGUUUUUGUAUUUACAGUUAUUGACCUCUCCUAUCGAAAUCUCACUCAAUUUGGCACAUAGGUCAAGCUGAAUAAAGGCUGUGCAUCACAUUGGGUUAUGGGUGUCACAAAGUGUGGCUGGCAUAGUAUGAAGUGGAUGGACACAUGCAAUCAACCCUGAAAAAUCUAGCUUACCUGCUCAGUGUGCUGGCAGCUAUCUUCUGGAGGGAAGAAUUCAAUUCAAUUCAUUUUUAUUUGUAUAGCACUUUUAACAAUGAACAUUGUCUCAAAGCAGCUUUACACAGAUAAGAAUGCAGGGUUCACAAUAAGGAACCAGAACAACUAAAUGGAUCAGCCAUUUAGCAUCCUCAAAUUGCCACAAGCUGGCAUGGUGGCUAGACACAUGGAAAAGCUCAGCUGGCCUGAGCCAGGAUAUAUAUUUAUGCUGUCAUAGUCAGCCUCACAAACUCAUGUCAAACUUCCUAUCACAAACUGUCCAACUGACACCAGUGGUGGUGAAAAGGAUCUGGGGAAUCUGGUCAGGCACAAAUGACAGAAAACACUUGAUAAUUGUUAGGAAAGGCUGAGAACCUGCACCCAUUUAGUGUGCACCCUUUGGUACUAUUUGAACUGCUGGGCUGCAUUUUUUGAAACAGUUAAGAUUUUUGUUGAAAGCUCAUCAUCAUGGACUUCAAAAAGGUUUGGCAUUACUGUACAGUGCAUUAAUUAAUUGCAAACACCAUUCUGGUUAGUUCUAGGAUUAAUUGGUUCCUUGUUGUAGUAUAGGGAUCAAAAACUUUUAACACUUCCCUGGUGGUCACACAAAUCCAGACACCACACAAACCAGUAGUCUGGGCCAGAUAGCCAAGUAUUUAACAUGCUAUAUUGUAAGAUUUACAUAAUAGAGGACAUGCUACAUUAAACCAUCAUCAUGUGUCAGUGUGUUAACAUAUGUGUGCAUAAAAAAACAUCACCUACUGUCAGUUAUCCGUUGUUUAGACACCCAUGGUUAUAUCUGUUACUAAAGUUUUUAAGUUUGGUUUAGUUAUUUUAUUGUAUUUUAUUUUAAAUAUCAAUAAUGCAAACAUUGUGACAAUAAUUAUCAAAAUGUGUGUAACAAAACCAAAGCAAUUAUAAAGAAUUAAAAAGGAUUGCUUUAAAUAUUUGUAACAGUAUUCAUAAAUGUUGUGUAUGUUCAUUUUAUCACCUUGUUCAAUGCACAAUAAGCAAUCUUCUUUUUUUUAAAUGUAAUUUGAUCAUUUCAAAUGUCUCCUCUUGAUAGUUAACUGGUUUCAUUUACAUUUAUUUUUCAUACUAAGAAAUAAUUUUCAUUAAUAAAACUGAUAUUAAUUGAUUAGCUACUGAUGUUCUUUGAAAAAAGAGGUUGUUUAACUUUACCCUAAUGUUGACCCUAAAUUGAGCUUUUAAUGCAUUUCAUGAAUCUCAGUAACAACAACCAGAAAUUAAUUAGAUAAAUGUAUACAUUUUUUCUUUUACUUUUUGUAUUUCAGACUUUAUAUUUUACAAACCCUGAAGAGAAAAUCUCUUUUAGUAACUAGAUAAACCAUUAUUUGAAUAUUAUGUAUUACAGCUUGUAUAUUAAUAUUACUUUUCAACUUUUUGGGGAUGACAAUUGGAAUCACUGUCACACUACAGUUUCUGACAACAAAACCUACAAAACUUACAUAAUAGAUUUAAAUGUUUAUAUAUUGAACCUGUAUAAACAGGCAUAUUUAACAAACAUUGGUGUAACAUAGUUAACAGCAAAUUUUAGUUAGAAAUAAUUAAAUGAAGUGAUUAUAUUAAGUGUAUGAUAAUAUUACAAUACAUAUCAUCAUCCAAAGAUUUCUUUCUAGUGUAAUGGCAUAUUUACUUGAAGUUUAUGAAUAAAGUUU